AUGGAAUCUUACCAAGCUCAGAUAUUCAAGCCAGCCCGCUCUUUUCUUCUACAAUAUCAUGACGAGCGUGAAACGGUGAUACGUAUUUGCAGAGAUCUCAAUUCUUAUUCGAAAAAACUCAUUUUCACAUUCCAUAGAGUUUCCAAUAGGGCCAUUUCAGAUGUUCAUUAUGAUCAGAUCAUUGAGUACAUCAAGGUUAUAGGAAAGUGCCUAUCUCGGCUAAGCAAAGAGUUUGUCUCUAGUGUGAACUUUGGGCAGCUUAAAUCUUCUAUUUCGAAUGCUGCUGAAGAGAUGAUUGAGGCAUUCACGUUUAUGUAUUAUGUGAUGACCCGAAACCUAUUGAAAUAUGAGCAGAUGUUGAAGUUUAUCGAAGAUAUCGUUGAGGAAGAGGACACCAAAAUGGUCUUGGAGAAGUUUUGGAGAUCCGAAGAGGAGCUGCAAAUGAAAAAUGACUACACCUUCAUAUACAGAGGGGAUUACUUUAUGGGCCUUUUUGAUCUUACGGGCGAGAUUAUGAGGUACACAAUCUCUAAUUUGGUUGAUGAUGACACGAAAACUUUAUCUAAAGAGUCACUGUACAACCUUCAGUUUAUGGAGAGUCUUUACAAACAAAUGAGAGAAAUUCUUGACACGUAUCCUAACUUAAACGUAAAUCGGGGAGUUUUGAGCGACGAUUUUCAUUCAAAAGGAGUAUUCACGAUGAAAAAGAAAUUAGAAGUCUUCAAAGAUUCCUUGAGCAAGGUAGAGCUGACAAUCUGCGAAACAGUCAUUAGGACAAGAGAAGAGUGGGAUGUCACUGAACUUUAG